AUGGUAUCGAGCUGGCUGCUUCUCUUUACGGUUGCAUUUUUGAUCGGGAUUUCCAUAGAUGUUGAUGCGAAUGCAAUAAGAACGUCCGCAUACUGCGAGUCCCGGUCAGAGCUAGAUGACGGGAAUGUGUAAGUGCUAAUAACUGUCCCUAAAUGGUUCAGAGAAGUUUCUGAACCUUUUUUAAAUUUUUUUUGAACCUUUUCUUUGGCUGGCAAUGUAUAAUAUAUAAUAGCUGUUGUAUUACAGGAAGAUUGAUGUAUUAUGUCAAGAUCACAAGCUUGGAUUGUACACUCAGCAAAAGUUGAACCACGGCUAUGUUUUCUUUAAGAUGGAACCGAUGAUGAAAUGUGGUUUGUAAGUAAUGUGUGGUAUAACAUACCUAUUUUCUCCUUAGGCCCAAGUUUUGCUCCAAUUUCAAUUUCAGGAAUAAAUCCAAAAAGAUAAGUUUAUUUGCGGGUGAAUGCCGUCUUUUCACGGUCGACACGCGCUACUUCCUUGAUGGCAAAAGCAGAGCGGCUAUUCUAACUGGUAAGCAAAAACAUUUUUGGUUGUAUUUUAAGUUUAGGUACAACUGACAAUAUUUCUCUUCGAGAGGUGUCAUUCAACGUGAGCGUGUUCCGGACUUUUGUUUCCAUCGAGGAAGAGGGAGGCAGGUCAACGUUUCCGCAUUCAUGCCUUUUUGAACUAUGGACUGGAGAAGUUAAGGAAAUUACGGUGAAGCAAACGGUUUCUACUUGCCCAGUUAGUCUUGUUGUUGUGAGUUAUUUGUUAUUCGAUCAAAUAUUAUGAAAAAAUUUUUUUUUGUUAGAUUUAUUACCUAAAUAUAAAUUUUUAGAACAGAUUGGAUCAGGCGCCUCUAAUGCAGGAAAGAUGGUACUACAGCAAGCAAUUCUUUUGCAUUCUGAUUAUUACGGCGUAAGUUCCCUCAAAAUUGCGUAAUUUAAUCUAAUUUCAGGGUCUUCUACAUCUUUGGCCUUCUAAUGGUGAUUACUUGCCUCGCUGGAAGCUACACUGAACCCACUGGAGUGAUUGUCCCUUUUCCAGAGUUCCAAAAUCACCGCUUUUCGCGUGUUCUUUCCCGAAUGAAGGACGAAACUGCGGUUUCUCGUCUGAGUUCCAGAUCUCGAUCUUCUUCUCAGACCUCUCUCUCAAAAUCUCGUAAAAGAAGAAGCCGAAGUUCCAGCGCCUCUAGCGAGCGAAGCCGCUCCAGAAUCACUUCUAGCAACCUGGAACCUAUUGCGAAGAAAUAG